UUCUUUUUUAAAUUAUCAUCCUCUCAUGGCGGAUAACACCAGAGGUGUCCAGAGGCUCUUGUUCUUCUUCACUUUUAGUCUCUAACGUUUUCCUCAUUCUUCUUCUUUUUUUUUUUUUUGCUUCGGGUUCAAGUCAGCUAUGGUGGCUACGUCCUCUGCUUCUGGUUCUGCUCUUUGUUUCACUGAUGCUUCUAGUUCUCCCGCUAUCAGACGUGAUCUUGGAUCUUUCUGUCUUCCUCCUAGCACAAUCACGUUUGGAUUUGUCGAUAAGCCUAUUAUAAAUCUUCAGCGACUCAGAUUAUCGGGGUUGAAGCCUCGAGCAGCAAACGCUACUGCUGUGGAGAAUGGUAAGCAAGAUUCUGACGAAGUUCCAACUCCAGUGGUCAUAGUCGACCAAGAUUCUGACCCUGAUGCAACCGUUGUUGAAGUAACAUUCGGAGACCGUCUCGGAGCUCUACUUGAUACUAUGAAUGCGCUGAAAAACUUGGGUCUGAAUGUCGUCAAGGCUAAUGUCUACCUCGAUUCGUCUGGCAAACACAACAAAUUUGCCAUUACUAAAGCGGAUAGUGGAAGAAAAGUAGAAGACCCUGAGUUGCUCGAGGCCAUCCGUCUCACUGUCAUAAACAAUUUGCUUGAGUUUCAUCCUGAAUCAAGUUCUCAGUUGGCAAUGGGAGCAGCUUUUGGUGUUCUUCCACCAACUGAACAGGUUGAUGUGGACAUUGCAACACAUAUCAAAAUUGAAGAUGAUGGACCAGACCGCAGUUUACUGUACAUAGAAACAGCGGAUAGGCCUGGACUAUUAGUUGAGCUGGUGAAGAUGAUUACAGAUAUCAGCGUAGCUGUCGAAUCUGGAGAGUUCGACACCGAGGGUUUGUUGGCUAAGGUUAAGUUCCACGUAAGUUACAGAAACAAAGCCCUAAUCAAGCCUCUUCAGCAGGUUCUUGCCAAUAGUCUGAGGUACUUCUUGAGGCGUCCAUCUACUAACGACUCCAGUUUCUGAAAUGUCAUUUAUAAGAAAGAAAACAAAAAAACACAAAAUUGAAAUAUCAUUUCACAUGAAUACUUAUUUUUUUUACAUUUUACCAAAAUAAGCUGCUUCGUUUUAGUGGCCGUCUCAUACAUCUGCAAUAGCAACAUUUUUUCUACUUCAAUCAAUUAUCACAUUUACCUUCA